UCGAUCAACACUUUCUCCCUCGGACCAUAACAUCUGAUACACCUUCCCUUCACCCACAUCACAACCGCACCACAGCGUCAAUGGCUCGAUUCGAUGGGCUCUCUGCCACGGGCAGAGGCAAGACGCCUUUCCCUACCCGUCAAAUGGCUGUUCUGGCACUUUGCCGGAUAUGCGAGCCCAUUGCCUUCAUGUCAAUCUUCCCAUACGCCUUUGAAAUGGUCAAGUCUUUUGGUAUCGACGACGGCAAAGCAGCAAUGUACACAGGCAUGGUCACAUCAGCAUUUGCCUUCAUGGAGUGCGUCAGUGGAAUCUUCUGGGGCCGAUUGAGCGAUAAGGUUGGGCGCAAGAAGGUACUUCUUGGAGGCAUGUUCGGCACCGGAUUGAGCAUGCUUCUUUUUGGUUUCGCCCGAAGCCUGCCAAUAGCGUUGUUCGCUCGGGCGCUCGGUGGACUUCUCAACGGGAACAUCGGCGUCCUUCAAACGACCGUCGCUGAGUUGAUUACGGAUGAGAGGCACCAGCCGCGCGCCUAUUCCAUCAUGCCUUUUGUGUGGUGUCUUGGCACCAUCAUUGGCGGCUCACUUGGCGGUGUCCUCGCACAACCCGCUCUAACAUCCGAGGCUUUCAAGGGCACCAUCUUCGAAACCUACCCAUUCCUCCUGCCAAACGUCGUUUGCGCCCUUGUUGUCGUUUUCGGACUCGCAGUCGGUGUUCUGUUCUUGCAGGAGACUCAUGAGGACAAGAAAUACGACGAGGAUCGUGGUCUCGAAGCGGGCAGAUGGCUGCUGUGCAAGGUGUGGAGGUCAGAGACCGACGCGUCUUUCAACGAGAAAGGCGCAUCCCUUGACGAGAUGACAUCCAUGUUGGAGGGCCACGACAUCAACAAGCAUGCGUACCGAAGCACCGACAGCUCGCCGACAUUAUGCAGUACCCGCACAUCCAUGUCAGAGCCACCCGCGUUUUCUUUGGACCAGGAAAAGGCGCCGGCGCCACCUGUGCGAGAAGCGUUCACUAAGCAGGUCUGUCUGAACAUCCUGUGCUACGGCAUUCUCGCUUUCCACACAAUCUCGCUAGAGCAACUUCUACCCAUUCUCAUGUCCAAAGACGCAUCCAAGCCAGAAGACACACACCUCCCAUUCAAGUUCACCGGCGGAUUUGGAUGGAAGACGCAGAACAUUGGCGCUUUCCUUGCGAUGCAGGGCGCGAUGCAGAUGUUCGCUCAACUCAUCCUGUUCCCCUGGCUCAGCAAGAAGCUCGGAAGCCUCCGCACUUUCUGGAUUACCAUGUGCUUAUACCCGGUCCUCUACAUCCUGGCCCCAUACCUCGCACUUCUUCCUGAACGCCUUCGCAUUCCCGGACUUGUGAUUUUGCUCAUCGGCAAAGUCACCUUCCAAUCGCUUUCCUACCCAUCCCUGGCCAUCAUCCUCGCAAACUCCUCGCCUUCGAAGCGCGUCCUCGGCACUUUGAACGGAGCUGCCGCAUCCUCUGCCAGCGUCUGCCGCGGCUUCGGCCCUACGUUGUCUGGUGCGGUCGACAGCUUGGGCGGGCAUCUCGGUAUGUCUGGACUGGCUUGGUGGGCCAUUGCCGGCGUUGCGCUUCUCGGAUGGCUUCCUGGACUCAUGCUCAAGGAGUCUGACAAGCGCACUAUCAGCGAAGACGACGAGGAAGCCCUGGUCGACUGUGCAUCUGACGCAGAGUCAGUCCUUACCCUUACCCCGGACGAGGAGGCAGAGAUGGUUCUCUCCAAAUAGACGACUUUCCCACACCACACGGCGCAAACGAUUUUCCAACUUUCACCCUCGGUCCCAGCGUGCAUCGCGCUGGCAGCAACAUUUUCCUCGGAGUUCCUUGGUUUCAGGAACAUAGAUAUUACGGCUCUUCACGGACACCCUAGAGCAUGCAUUCACACGGCGUUCAGCAUCAUCUCAGUACUUCAGCGAC